AUGGCGACUCCUGGUGUGAAGCCGCUGGGUGUGACAGCUCCGCUGUCGAUGGCAAUGCCAACGGAAGCUGAAAAUCAAGCAAGCAACGCUCUUAUCGAGGAGUUGAAGCGACAGAACAACUACGAGAGCGCCGCAGAUACCAACAAGAGAUCAGUAGUCCUCCGGUCUCUCCAAGCGAUCACCGAGGAAUUUGUGAAGCAAGUUUGCAGAUCUCAAAACCUUGCUGAAAAUCUAGUCAACUCUGCCGGUGGCAAGAUAUUCACAUAUGGUAGCUUUCGAUUAGGUGUCUUUGGGCCCGGUUCAGAUAUUGAUACACUUGUCGUCGUCCCAAAAAAUGUCACACGAGAUGACUAUUUCAAGCUCUUCCCGGAUCUCCUUGUUAAGAUGGCACCUGAAGGAGCUAUUACAGACCUCACCCCCGUCGAAGAUGCGUUCGUCCCUAUCAUCAAAUUCGAAUACUCCGGUAUCAGUAUCGACUUGAUCUUCUCUCGACUGAUGCUUAACAAAGUUCCGCCUGAUCUGACGCUCUUGGAUACGAAUCUCUUGCGGGGUCUGGAUGAUCCAGAACUCCGUUCACUGAAUGGUACCCGCGUUACAGAUGAAAUCCUAGAGCUAGUACCUCAACAGUCUGUCUUUAGAACUGCUCUCCGAGGAAUCAAGCUUUGGGCCCAAAGACGCGCGAUAUAUGCUAACAUCAUGGGGUUUCCUGGUGGUGUAGCUUGGGCUAUGCUUGUUGCUCGGGUCUGCCAGCUUUACCCCAAAGCCACGAGCUCAACGAUCGUCUUGAAAUUCUUCCGCAUAAUGGAGAAGUGGCAAUGGCCAAUGCCGGUAUUACUCAAACCUAUCGAGAGUGGCCCUCUGAAAGUUCGAGUCUGGAAUCCUCGAAUAUACAAAAGCGAUUCCUUCCACCUUAUGCCCAUAAUAACCCCUGCGUAUCCGUCGAUGUGUGCUACUCAUAAUAUCACGAUGUCUACAAAGGAGAUCAUACAGAGGGAACUGCAACGUGGUAGAGUUAUCACAGACCAAAUCAUGGAGGGGAAGCUCCCAUGGAAGAGCUUAUUUGCAAAGCACACUUUUUUCACAGAUGGUUACAAGUAUUACAUCUCUGUUAUAUCAGCCAGUACCACCAAGGAGGCACAAAAGAUAUGGUCUGGCUGCGUCGAAUCGAAAGUCCGACUUCUCGUGGUAAACCUUGAGUUGCACGAGUCCAUUUUCCUUGCGCAUCCUUUUAAUAAGGGGUUUGAACGAGUCCACCGAUGCACUACGGAAGAGGAGAUCGAAAAAGCGAAGAGCGGUAGUAUGGAGUACGUCGUCAAGGAUGAGGCAGUUAAUGGAGACCAGAAACAUAAUAGCGAUGAAAAGGUCACGAUGGUUUACACAACAACACACUAUAUCGGGUUGGAACUGUAUGAAGGUGCCAAAUCGCUGGACCUCUCGUGGCAGGUGUCUGACUUCAAGAAAGUUUGCACGGGUUGGGAAAAGUACAAUCACGAGCUCAACUCCUUGAAUAUCAUUCAUACUCGGAACUGUGAUCUUCCCGACGACGUGUUCUCAGAAGGAGAAGUCAAACCUACUCGAUCACAAAAGAAGAAAUCCAGCAAAAAGCGCAGCGCAACUGAAGACUCGACGGCAGCGCCCGCCAAGAGACAAAAUACCUCUGUGGCUGCUGCAGGUUAA